AAGUUAAAAACAGCAACCUGAACCAAACCAAUUAUAACUAUCAGAAUCCUAGGCAGCUUUUUUUUAUUUCCUUCAUGUCCGAGUCAGAGUUUCCAUUAUAAGAAGUCAAAGAGGAGGAGUCUAUCCUCCAGAAAUCCUAGGCUGUCUUAAUCUCACAUCUCUCUCUCUGUAUAUUGUUUUGGUUAUGUAAUCAAAAGGAUGCACUAAUUUUAAAGCCCCCCAUGUCCUUGAAUCAAGGUAUUCGUGGAUCCUACUGAAGGAGUGACCUUCACGAUCUUGACACCUUUCUUUUCUUAUUUUGCCAUUGUUGUUUAGUUGAACACAAUUUUAGGAUCACCACAUGACUGUUUCUUUUUCCUUUGUUUGAACUUUCUAAAAACUGAACUUGUGCCCUUUCUCUAUCGUUCUUUCUUGGGCUGUUAGUGUGUCUUUUUGUUGUUUGAAGGGUUAUGGUUGUGGGUUUUCUUGAUUUUGUCCGGUGUUAAACUUUCUAGUUUUUAAGAGUCUUUGACCCUUCUUUUGUUGGUGUCUCGUUUCUGUGUUCUUUUGCUUUGGGGGCAUUCUGUUUUGUUUUGUUUUGUUUUGUUCCCUAAGGGAGACACAUACAGGCGCAGACACAAGUGCUGUUUCUUUUGUUACUGUUGAUGGGCUGUUGAUGUCUUUGGAGGUUGGUGUGAAUUCAAAUACUAAAAGCAUGGGUUUUGAUGAGAAAAACAAAGAGGAAGUUUCUGAGACAGCAGCAACAACAAAAACACCUCCAAAUGAAGAAGAACAUAAUGUUGAUGAACCUAAAAGUGGUGGGAUUAGCAGAAAGAUGAGUGAGAGUUCUCUUUAUGGAACUGAUCAAGAAGAAGAGGAUGAUGAGGAAACUAAUGAAAGGAAUAUUGAGCUGGGUCCUCAAUACACACUCAAAGAACAACUUGAAAAAGACAAGGAUGAUGAGAGCUUGAGGAGGUGGAAGGAACAGCUUCUUGGGGCUGUGGAUAUUGAGGCUGCUGGAGAGACUCUUGAACCUGAAGUUAAAAUCCUAAGCCUUGAAAUCAAAUCCUCUGGCAGACCUGAUAUUGUUCUUUCAGUUCCUGAGAAUGGAAAGCCUAAAGGCUCAUGGUUCACCUUAAAAGAAGGUAGCCGCUAUAGUCUGCAGUUCACUUUUGAGGUUAAGAACAACAUUGUUUCCGGCCUCAAGUAUACUAACACGGUUUGGAAAACUGGUAUCAAGGUUGAUAGCUCAAAGGAGAUGAUCGGAACCUUUAGUCCUCAGACAGAACCUUAUACUCAUGAAAUGCCUGAAGAAACUACUCCAUCUGGUAUGUUUGCUAGAGGAUCAUAUGCGGCUAGAAGUAAAUUCGUUGAUGACGAUAACAAGUGCUACCUUGAGAUCAACUACACCUUUGACAUCCGCAAAGAUUGGCUGCCAACUAAAAACUAAUAAUUACUAUUACCUUCAAGUUGCAGCUUCCACAUAAUUGUUUUACAAGUUGGAAUAUGCUUCUGAUGUUUAACAUAUCUUCUUUUUAUUGUCUUAUUUAUGACUCCUAUUUGAGACUGGUCAUUUGAACAAUGAAGAGAGGAUUUGAAAAUUUGCAGCUAGAUAUUCAUUUGGUAGUGUUGUUGGUUAAUAAAAUUCACCAUUACCUUAAA